AUGGGCUCAUGUCUCACCAGUCCUAUCCAAACCCUGCUCAACGCCAAUCAAGAGUGGGCACAGAGCGUAAUCAAGGACAGACCCGACUUUUUUGCGGAGUCGGCCGCCGGCCAGAGUCCCAAGAUCCUGUGGAUUGGUUGCUCUGACUCGCGAGUGCCGGAAUCCGUCAUUACAGCGUCUAAGCCUGGCGAUAUCUUUGUGCACAGAAACAUCGCCAACCAAUUCCAUCUAAAUGACGACAGCGCGCUCUCCGCACUCACUUAUGCUGUCAAGGCAGUGGGCGUCGAACACGUCGUCCUCGUGGGCCACACCAACUGCGGAGGUGCUGCUGCUUGCCUGAAAGCAACUCAAAGUGCAGACGCUCACCCCAGCGAGUCGACCCCACUCACUCGUUGGUUGAACCCCCUCACCGAACUCGUCCAAUCCCUCGACCUCUCCACGUGCUCUGCGAGUGAGGCGUUGGCCAAGGUCGUUGAAGCCAAUGUCAUCAUGCAGGUCGACAACAUCUGCAAGUCGGAGCCGAUCACCACCGCGUGGGCAGACCCGAAUGCGAAGAAAGUCACUGUGCACGGAUGGGUGUACGACCUCGCCGAAGGACGCAUCAAGGAGCUUGUCUUCCGAGACGCUCCAGAGACACGAAACUAG